AUGUGGGUAUGGAAACAAGAUGUUGGUGCAGGAUUGAUCAAGGCCUUCGAGCUCCUCGGUGCCGCAUUCUUUCGUUCGCAGGACUCUCUGGCCCGGGAUGCCUUGCAUGAGAUAAAGGACCGUCGAUCGAGUGGCCUUCGCGACCCUGUGUUGCAAGGAUGCCUCGGCCUGCCAGAUACAAAGCCAAGCUGUGCCGGCUCACCAAAGAUGCGGAUGAACCAGGCAGGGCUGAACAUGAUCAUCGAUCCGAGCGGGAAGCUCCUCACGAGGCGCAAGGUUGUGACGCGGAAGGUUACGAAGUUCAAGACUCUGAGUCGCCGAGCAAGAUCCUCACGCCAAGUGCAACUUCGGCAGAUGAAAGAGGAGCUUGCGCCGUUUCUGAAUGGUGAUGAUUCAGAGGAGGAGCCCGACAGUGCAAGCGAGGAUGAUUGUGAUGAUGGCUCUGCCCUAGAGUCCUUGGCCACCCAUGAGACAGUCGAUGACUGCUCUACGGUGACGCCUUCGUUUUACAUUCCUGCCCUCAGCCCCGAUAUGCAGCUGGUCUUGGGCAAGCUGCAAGCCCGACAGCGACAGCAGGAUGCUGCUGCUUGUGAGCCUGUUAAGAAUGAGAAGCCCCAAAAGGAUCGAGGUGAGGCGCAGGUCAAAAUGUGGGCAAAGGAUGAUGCAGAUGCUGCUCCAGUUGAGGGGUGUGAUGAUCAAGGGGGCAAAAAAAAGGAGAAAUCAGCAGUGGCCAAGAAACCAAAGCAAAAUCACAAAAGCCCUGCAGGGCAAGAGGUUUCCAAGAAGACGGCAAGCCAUCGAGAGGAGAAGCAGCCCAAGGAGGAGGCUAAGGUUUGUGAUUCGGGGGAUACAGAGGCCAUGGCAAGGAUGAAAAGGGACAUGUCCGAGGACUGCGCUUAUGUUCCGGGCAGCUACAAAGAG